AUUUAAACCCCUCUUUCGUAUUUCUUUAUGUUUUUUCAGUUUCUAGGGUUUUAUCCUUAAUCUCGCAUUUGAUUUUUUUUUUUUUCAAGUUUCUAUUUCUGUGUCGAAGCUUCCUUUUUCUCAAUUAGAUUCAAAACCUUUUUGCUCUAUCUCUCUAGAAGCUUCUGUAGUUUUUUCUAUUUUUGAUUUUGAAGUAGAGAAUUUCGGUAAUGGAGUUUGGAGGCGCGAAGAAAAGAGGAGUACCAGAGGGCGGCUUCAACGGCAAUGGCGGAUUCAAGAAAUCCAAGCAAGAAAUGGAGUCCUUUACAACUGGUAUAGGAAGCAAAUUGAAGCCAUGCACAAAGUUUUUCAGUACAUCCGGGUGUCCAUUUGGAGAGGGGUGCCACUUCUUGCACUAUGUACCUGGCGGCAUAAAGGCGGUCACCCAGAUUCUCGGCAACAACCCAGCCCUGCCAGCCGCCAACAGAAAUCCAGUAGCCCCACCACCUCAACACCCCCCAUCUUUCCAAGAAAACCGCCCGCUAGCUGUCAAAACCCGACUGUGCAACAAAUUCAAAACAGCCGAAGGCUGCAAAUACGGCGACACAUGUAAUUUCGCCCACGGCGAAUGGGAGCUCGGGAAGCAAACACUUCCACCGCAUGAUGACCCUCGCUCUAAUACGGGACAGAUGCCCGGAAGAUACGGCGGUGGGGGCGGCGAUUAUAUGGAGGCAGCCCCACCGAACCACGGUAUGGCGGCGGCUAGCUUUGGAGCCUCUGCCACUGCUAAGAUCAGCAUCGAUGCUUCGGUUGCAGGAGCUGUUAUUGGCAAAGGUGGGGUCAACUCGAAGCAGAUAUGCAGAAUGACUGGAGCCAAGCUUUCGGUGAGAGAUCAUGAAUCGGAUGCUAACUUGAGGAACGUUGAACUGGAGGGGUCGUUUGACCAGAUCAAGCAGGCUAGUCAAAUGGUUCGAGAACUCAUAGUGAAUAUCAGGGCUGGGUCGGGCCCACCUUCGAGGAGUCAUCAUGGUAUGUCGGGACAUAAUUCUGCUCCUUCGAGCAACAACUUCAAAACUAAACUGUGCGAGAAGUUUACGAGAGGAUCGUGCACUUUUGGAGACAGGUGCCACUUCGCUCAUGGAGAGGAAGAGUUGCGCAAAUCCGGGGUUUGAUUUUUUUUUUUUUUUUUUUUUUUUUUUUGUUUCUUUGCUACUUCGUUAUUGUUAUGAACUUUGUUCGUAUCGUGAGGUUGUUGUGGCUUCUUUUGUAGUUGUUUUUCGGCUUUUCUACUCUUAUGUGGAAACAGAUAGAUGACAUUUUUUUUUAUGUUCCGAGUUAUUUAGUGAUUUGUUCGAUCAAUUGCAGUUUAUUUAAUUUU